AUGGUUACUGAGAACUCGGCCAUCAUCUCGUCCCGCCUGAUCCUGCUUCUGGACGACCUCCUGUGGGUGCUGACGAUCACGCAGCUCAAGGCGGCCAUCUUGUAUGCCAACUCCCUGAAGGAGCUCAUCGAACGCUCGGCGCGGCAGAGCAAAACACUGGCCGCUGAGAAACUGAAGAAACAAGGCCAUAUGCAGGACGGGACCCAACAGCACUACCAGCAGCAGCAGCAACGGUCAGCGCCAGACAGGCAGGAGUCCACCACUGCCAAGUAUUUCUCCAAGUUUGACGUGGUCAGCACUUCCUACCACCUGAUCACCAGCCGCUUUGACCUUCACCUCUGUGAUGACAGCAGCCCGGCGGAAGACGAGAAGCGCCACUGGAAGAUCAAUGGAGGUUCCAUGCAGAUCACUUUCUACAAGCUGUCCAUUGACUUCUACCCGUUCCAUCCAGCAGGUGAGAUAGAGAGAGUGAUGGGGAGGAACCCCAGUGUCGUCAAGGCAGUGUAUGUUGAGUUUGAGUUUUUGUCCCACGGGCCCAACCACGGACAGAGAAACUCUCUGGGCGGGUCAAGGUCACCCCAGGUGUCACCCUCACACCAGGCUCAAGGUCAGAGGUCAACGAGACUGCUGGAAAGCUGCUUUGUCCUCAAGGUUGAGGACGUGACUGUGUACAUGGUGUCUAUGCCGGGCCACAAGCGGACUGGACACAGCAAGCUCCUGUGCUCGGACAAACGGCAGUUACAUCUACCGCCGGACAUGUCCGUGGUGCAUGUGGAGUAUACUGACUACUUCUUUCCCGAGGGACUCGACUAUCCAGUGCCACACCCCAACAUGACAUGGACUUUGGGGAGGACAAGCCCGCGGAGCACAAAGACAUUAAGGUGGAGCUACUUAUGCCCAGGGUGAUCAUUCCAGCGGAGGAGAAGGUGGAGAGCCAGCCUGACCGGCCGGAUGCUCUCCAGCUUCAGAUCUCCAAGCUGGUGGUGUGUAACCGGCGCACGGAGGAGCGCAUGGGCCGAGAGGACCUCCGCACGCUGCUGGAGCAGUACGCCUCCGAGCGCCUCUUGUCCAGCAAGGAGUUCCCCAUGGAUGAGGCUGCCGCUACAGCCGACCAGCCCGAGGAGUGGAUUCCUCAGCUGCUAUUCCAGCACGCCAACGACACGGAUAAUCCAUACUUAGAUAAAUCUGUGAAGACGCUGCUGUCCCAUAACCCGGACAAGGUCAAGCUCUCGCCGUCAGACCUCGGAGAGUCAGGUCAGCCACAGUCAACAUUGACCCUGCCCCCACACAAGCUGUCGUGCGACAGCCUCAAGCGGGCGGCCGUGUCUGACGUUUGGUCGGCAUGCGCUGACCAGGUGUGGCUGGAGUUUCUGGGCGUCCAGAAUUUCAAAAAUCGUCCCGUGCCAUUCGUGGAGGCAAUCCCGAUCACCGUGUGGAUGUCAGUGACCGACAUUAAAGGCUGCCAUCGGAAAGUUUGUUCAGCUCCUGUCAAAGGUCACUCACGGCCCCGUGAUGGUCAUUCUUCUGGUCAGUCUAAUGGCCACUCUAGUCAGGUGGACGUGAUGGCUCCAGAAGUGAGGGAGCCCCCAUCGUCAGCAAUGCCUGUGUUAGGCUCUUCGCCACCCGUCAAUGAUCGGGCUAGUCGCCGAGGUCAUGCGACCCACCCCUCCUCCUCCUCCUCUUCCCAGUCCCACCCACUCCCCUCCUCUUCCUCCCCCAACAGUGAGAGGCGAGAAGUACAGCGCAGCAGAAACAACAACAGCACCAACAACAACCGGUACGGUGAUGGCUACAGCCGCGGUGGUGGUGGCAGUAGUGGGCUGGACCCACACAGUGACGGUAACAGCUUGGCUGGACACUACCACCACAGUCACCAGUAUCCACAACAGCAGCAACCACAACAUCAACAGCAACAACGACUUAAGUAUGAAGAAGAUGAGGAGCGAAGACCUUCCAAGUUGUCUCUGUCUGGCGGAGACUACUCUUGCGAUGGAUCCCGACGGAGCAAAACGAGGUCUCGCUCUGAUUCCCCUUGCCGAGUUGACCACGUGAACUUUUCUAGUAGUCGUGGUGGAGGCUCACAGUCUCGUCAGCACUACUCCACCGAUCCCUCCCAGGGAGGAGAUAGCACGAACCUGCGUGUCAACAGACGACAAACUGGUGGCAAGGAUGAACAACACGAUUAUGAUGCACGCGAUUAUGAAGGUCAAGGAUACCUGGGCUCCUCCCCUGUCCACAACGAAGGCAUAUCUGGCGGCCAUCAUUCCUCAGCGCGAAAGCGGAGAGAGACGCUUCACCGAGAAGAUUCUCGCUCCAGCUCAAGCCCUCCCCUCGGACAGCGGACAGAAAGUGGGAGGAGGAGGGAGGAGUCCCGGGAUAGAAAGAACAAGGAGAGUGGCAGGAGAGUGCGGCACAGCAGCAGCUCCAGCAGCGACCGGCGCGAGAUGGACGGAUACUGCAGCGGGGAGCCCAGAGGUCGUGGAGAAAUCGACGGGAGGUCCAGCGGAGAGCCUUUCACGGGCUACGAGGACAGAUAUCUGGGACCUCGCAGCCGAAGGACGGAGGAUUCACCUCACAGCCGAGGCGGGGAUCACAGGAUGAAGAGACGGGAAGUGGAGUUUGGCGGGAGAGACGAAGAUGGUUCUUUCCGUGACCGAGAUAUAGUGGGAGGACAGGGAUCUAGACAGUCUCGACACAGCAGCAGUAGUAGCUCGGAGUUUGUGUCGUCCGUCGGAGGCUCCUCAAGGGGUCGCCGGGGUCAUCAGAGGUCGAGUAGCCGAGAGAGGAGGGGUAGCACGUAUGAGAGACAGUUGGAAGAGUUGGAACGGAAGUCACCAAGAGAUCCCGUGGAGAGAUAUGAAAGGCAGGGGGAAGAGUUCCACAGAAGGCACACUCGAGACGGAAGUCGUGGCGUGUCUGUGGACAGGAAGUACGAUCGCUCAGAAGAUCGCUCGCGGGUCGUCCGGUUAAAGGACAGAGACCAAAUGGAUGGCAUCCCUUCCUCCUCCUCCACUGAGCAGUUCCACGCCAGCUCAGACGUCAACGGAGAGGGCCGGAAUCGCCGAAGUGGUAGCGGAGCCCGGCUGCACAGGUCACAGAGCCGAGACAGAGAAGGUGAAGACCCACCAAGGACAUCGCAGAAGCUCCAGCGCGGUCGCCAUGGCAACAGUGAUGGGUUCAGAGGAGAACAUUACAGCAACAACAACGUGGACUCGAGGUCGUCUGAUCCACCGAGGUCUUCGAGGUACGCAGCCUCAGACGCUGACUGCGAUAACGACCGCUUCAGUCAGACAUCGCACAGUUCGGCAGACACCAUUGGGCGGGACGGAGGCUAUGAUCAGACAUCAUACAACCACCAUAGCAACAACAACCACAGCAGUGGUGCUGGCAACAACAGCAGGCGGGGACAGGGUCAGGGAAGCAGUGAGCCUAACACCAACAACCACAACCCAGAACAAGCCUGGACGCCCCACGGCAACCGACCUCCUCCAGAGGGCUGCAAAUCUUCAGAGGACGGUCUACCCAAGCUGGAGGUAGGCGGAGAAGGGGGGAGCAAAAUGGAGGCGGAGAAAAAAGUCUGCAUCUUAACCAAAAUCAACGAGAAACUUCGCAUUCAGAUCAACCACUUCCAGUAUCUGUUUCUGCUGAGAUUGUCGGAAUCUUUUGCGGCGUUUCAGACAGACUUGUCCGCCGAUCUACUUGCCAUGAUGUCGCUCAACAACAGGGGCGGGAAAGACGCCGCUGCCUUCCAGGAACCGCCACAGCUGCCCCCAUCCCCGAUCACGAUCGUCCCGCUCAUGUUGAAGGAGCUGGAGGUGGCAGUUGUCUGCCCUUAUCAGAUGCAUCAGCGGACGUUCUCCGACGACUUCAGCGUCAUCUCACCGUUCCUACAAGGGGUCACCACCGGCCAGGAUGCGGUGUUUGGCGACGAAGGGGAAGGAACCUGCUUUCCUCAGCUGGUAGAUAAUGCUGGAGGCCGUCAAGUGAAGGACGACUCCUCCCUACGACCGGGCCAUCAGACCAUCAGCUUCAAGUCACACUCCAGCAGCCAGCUGGAGAAUCUAGGUCACACACCUCUAGAGGCUGCCCCACGGGGCAAGGGAGGCUACUCAGCGGCUCCCGGGGCCACCGCCAAUACCUCAGUCCCGACUUCCCAGGCACCGACGCCGUUUUCCUCUGAGAAUUUCCGUCGAGAGACCUUCGACUCCAUGUCUCAGUCUGUUAAUUCUUUAGGGAAGGACUCUGGAAUAGGUAUCGAGCGAAAACCUCCUUCACAACGGCAGCAGCAGAGAGGGGGUGGGGGCAGCGGUGGCGGGGGUAAGUCGGGCAAAGGCCCCACAGACAUGAAGAAAGCCUUCACCUCCGCCUUCUCCAGCUUCACCGACAAGCUGAAGAACAAAAUGGAGGGCCUGGACGACGCGAUGGGCGACGACCUUGAGACCAUGUCAAUCCGCACGGACACGUCGGACGACGACUUCGAGCACCUGUCCCUGGACGACACAGAGGAGAUGCCGGCGUUCUUCCACGAUCCCCCGCCGCCCGACGUGGCCUCAGUGGCUGACAGCUACAGCGAGCAGGGCGAGCCAGGGGACUCGGUCAGCAUGUAUGCUGAGAGCUCCACCACCAAGGGCAAGGAGAUGGUGUACGCCGUGUUGUUCAAACUGGACCACCUGGAGGUGUUGGCGGAGACGGGACCGGACGGAAUGGUGGCCCGGGCCCAACUGGCCAGACUGGGCACGCUUCAGCUGGGCAACAUCUGCUACGAGGACUUCCAGGCUCGGUUUUCCACCGCUAGAGGUUACAUUCAAGAGGAGAACACGGACCCGCCCCCAUCACGGUAUCCGAUCAAGUUCAAGUUUGCCGUACAGGCACCACAGGUGGACGCUCCACCCGACGUCGGUCACGCCAGUAUCCACGUGGAUGAGCUGAGCCUGCAGUUCAAAAUGUCUGGCGUGACCUGUCUGGCCGACUUUGCCGAGGACGAGAAACUGCCAGAGUUCUUGCCCAUGUCGCUGGAGUUACGGAACCUGUUCCUAGUCUUGGAGGAGGACCGACCACCAGCAAACGUUACCUCCCCUGGUGCCGUGCCCACGAAUGUCCGCAUCCAGCAGCUCUCGAUCGACCGCGGCAAAGACGGCCUCUUCCACAUAGCAGGUGCUCCUCUAAACUCAUCGUUCGGGCACGUAUACGCGCCCACACCCACACCUUCCCGUCCAGAAGUCACCAACGCAGUGACCUCCCCUAUCCUGAGCCCCGACGGCACUAUGUCCCUGCUGAUGGCCGCCCAGAACGAGGCCGUGUUGCUACGGCGACAGCUGGAAGAGGUGCGACGGGCCAACCGCUUGUACGAGCACCAGAUCCUCCAGUGGCGAGGAAUGCAGGAGACGACGGACGCGGGUUCGAGACCUCCAGUGGGGCCCACCCCUAGCUCACCGCAUAUAGGAGCGCGGCCAGGCAUGGGUCGCAAAAGACAAAGCUUCACCUCGGAUAUCCUAUCUGGCAGCCCCUCAUCCACGGUGUCCAGCGUCAUCCUGGUGGCAGAUCACGUCGCGGGCGGAGGUGCGGGAGGUUCAGGUUCGUCGCCCCACCCGACCCACGAAGUGGUGGACCCGCUGAGGGAUGAGCUGGAGAAGGAGAACCUGGUGCUGCAGCAGAGGGUCACACGGCUCGAGGACGACCUGCUCACUGUGUCCAAGGAGAAGGAGUCGCUGCUACAGACGCUGCAGCUGCUGCAGGACGAGCUCCUCGCCUCCGAGCGCAAGCAGAGGGCCAAGACAAAGUAGAGCUCUGCUCUCUCUUGUUGCCCCUCCCACUCCUCCUCCUCCUCCAUUCCCAAACCCCUUCCCCUUUCCCUUCUCCAUUCCUAAUCCCACCCUGCCCCCCUCCUCUGCAACACACUCCCUUUUUAUCCCUCUGCCAUACAUACAGCCAAAGACUCUGUUAUCUAAGAAUGAUCAUCUAACUCUAUAUGUCGCACAAGUUAUCAGAACAUAAUCAAACACUCGCCACCUCAGAGCUUUUUGUGUCCAAAGUGUACUAAAGUUAACUAAAACAAAAAAGUUGUGAGGCGACGCGCUGUGUAGAAAGGCACUGACAUAUAUAUCGGUGUUUGGUGCGGAAAGAGUUUUAUGAUUUCUGUAGUAAGUUUGCAGCCCUUUACUCUGUUUGUCCAACAGAAUUGCCUCAGUGGUAAGCUUGGUUGUCAUUAAAAUAGGUCACUGACAUUAUUCUUUAGCCUUGUUUAAGAGGCAGUGAAACAUUUACGGUCAGUUAUUGAAACUUAAUUUUUUGCACAGAGUAGCAUACCAUGGAAAGAGGAAUGUUGGCACAGUGUAACCAGAGACUGAACAGUGACAAGAAGCUGUUUGACAAAUGCUUUUUCCAUGGCUGGCUAGCUGCAGAAUCGUAUAAUUUUUGUAUCAUUUAUUGUAAUAAUAAUAAUGCAGAUCAUUUCUCUAGCUCCCUCUUCUGUACAAUAUAGCUCUAGGAGCUUUAUAAUACCUUCAUUGUAACUCAAAAUAUAAGUGAAUGAAUAUGCGUACAUAUUAUGCACUUUAGAUUAUUGCCAAUAUGUAUGCAGACAUUUAUGCUAUCACAUCACAAUUGAGGACAAUGAUAUGCGCAUCUCAUUAUCAGACCGUAUUUAGACACUUGUGAGCUCUCAACAAAAGGUUCACGGUUUGCCUCUUAGACAAUAGAGUCUUUGCCUGCAGCCCUGUGAGAUGGGGUGUAGAGUGUUGUAUCACUGAAAAUACCACCAUGCAUAUUAAUGACAAUAUUAUUUUUCGAAAAGCCCUCAUGUGAUCUCUGGUACUGAAAGCCAUAUUUCUUUAUUUCUGAAAUUAUAUUUACAUUUCCGUAUAAAGUUUCUUCUUCUUUGGGGUUGGUUUUUUU